AUGGAAGAGGCACCCCCAUCAAUACAAGACCUCAUUUUCUCUCUUCAACAAGCCACUUUCAUGGCAAAACAGUUGUUACCUUCAUCCACUAACAACCCCACCCAUCUCCACCAAAUCCACUCCUCCCUCCACCACGCCCACCGCCACCUCUCCGUCUUCCUCGCCGCCCUCCCCUCGCCUCCUCCCGCCGCCGAGUCCUCCGCCACGGACGCCGAGCCGAUGCAGGUCGAGGACGGUGGCGAUGGUGAUGAUGAAGAGACCACUUCAAAGUGCAUCAUUGACAAGGUUGAGGAGAAAAUGAGGCACUGCUUCAUCAAGAACAAGCGCCCCAAACGGCCACUUUCGCCGUCCGCCGCCGCGGCUGCGGCGGAGAAGCGGGUUGUUUCCGAGGAUGGGUUUGUGGGGAGGGUUAGUGACAGUGACUAUGAUCCAUAUGCUGUGAGGUUGAGGGCAUUGGAUCUUGUACACCAGUUUCAUUGCUAG